AUCCACAACACAAACACGUCUCUCUAGCCAUGGCCUUCAAGUUUGCAUUGCUCAUCAUAACCACCCUCGUAUCCCAUUUGAGUUCCGCCCGAAUCCUCGAUGAAGGCACUCAACCAUCAACACUAGCACCUUUGCCCGGAACAACAACACCCAUAGAGCCACCACCAUUGCCUAUGACCGUUGGGGACGGUGCUGCCUCGGGUGUGACCCAAACCACAGAUACAAGUAUUGAUGCUACUGCUGCCACUGGCCAACAACCUAUUUCAACGAGCACCACGUCUUCCACACCUGACAACCCACUAACCUUUUUCAUGCACGACAUUCUCGGUGGCGCGAACCCCUCCGCCAAGCCUGUCACGGGCAUUGUCACAAACUCCGUGAACGGGCAGAUACCCUUUGCCAAAAUCACUGGUGUCUUACCAUCAAAUGGAGCCAAUCCCUUCUCAAAUUCGAUUCCAACACUGACGAAUAGUAAUGGCAACAAUAUGAAUGGUGUAAUCCCAGUAGUAACUGGCCUUGGGGGAACAAUCGGCCAAGUUGGAAACAACCCAAGUGGCUCGGUACCCAUUUUGACAGGCAGCAAUCAGCUGUCUGUUGGGACGAACCUUUUGGGUGUGGAGUUUGGGACAAUCACCAUCAUUGACGAUGAGCUGACUGAGGGGCACGAGCUCGGUUCAGCAGUUGUUGGGAAGGCUCAGGGAUUCUAUGUGGCGAGCUCGGAAGACGGCAACAGUCAGAUGAUGGCUCUCACGGUUCUAAUGGAGAUUGGCGGAUAUGAGGAUAGCCUUAGCUUCUUCGGCAUUCAUCGUGCGGCGGUUCAUGAGUCACAUAUUGCAGUUAUUGGAGGCACAGGCAAGUAUAAGGGAGCUAAUGGCUAUGCCAUUGUUAGGACCCUCCCUCCAACUGUGGGAAACAACACCGAUGGGAUGGAGACGCUCUUGGAAUUCACAGUUUACUUGGCUUAGACUUGAUAAUGAGGGUGGUUUGAAGUUUGUUGUGUGAGGCAUUAAGAACAAGU